CUGGCCAGGUUCCCAAUGCGGCGAUACCAACCUGCGGAGGGCCACGGGGGCCGGGCGGGCUGCACCAAGACGCCCCGAAAGUGCGGGCGAGGGGCAGGAGUGAGAUGGAACCGUCCGGUGGGCUGCGCGCAGGGCUCCUGCGGGCAAUACCAACCACCGCUCACAGAGAGGGGUCUGUUCGUCACCAACGUGUUGGAGGAGGCAGUGGGCUCCGCGCUGCCCCUGGCUCUGGACCCCUCUGGCUCCCUGCUGCUCCAGGCCCUGCUGCCCGAGGCCUCGCCCACCCAGCUGGCCCAGCUCCUGUGCCCCCUGCUGCCCGCCCUGCGCCAGGCCGCCUGCCACCCAUGUGGAGCCCACGUUUUGGAGGCUGCCCUGCUCCGGGCUCCCCGGCUGCUGGGACGGGAGGAUGCUGGGAAGCUGGAGGAGCUGGUACUGCAGCUGGGGGGGGCUGUGAGAGAGGAGCUGGGGACCUUUGCCCGGGACCCCCAUGCCAGCUUUGUGGUGAGGACCCUGCUGCAGGUACUUGGGGGGGGUCCGUGUCGGCUCUGAUGCGCCCGGGGGCUCUCGGGGACAGGGCCCCCUGCUCCACGGAAGAAACGGGCCGAAGCCGAGAGCGAGGGGCCGGUGGAGUUUGAGGUCCCGGACUCGUUCCUGGCCCUCCUGCAGGAGUUCAUUGCUGCUUUCCAGGAGAACAUUGCAGAGUUCAUCACUCACAGAGUCGCCAGCCUCUGCCUGCAGGUGGCGCUGGAGGUUUUGCACAGGAAGCUGCCGGAGGCCUGCGCUGAGCUGUGCAGCUCUGUGAUUGGCUACUUGAGCUCGCGGAAUCCCUCUGCUGGAUGCAGCCCCCUGCUGGUGUUCCUGAAGGACCCUGUCUGCAGCCGAGUGCUGGACAAGGUGCUGGAGGUGUCGGCGCGGCGGGCGCUGCGGGCGCUCUACCGCCAGCACUUCCGGGGCCAGCUGCGGGCGCUGGCGGGCCACGGGGUGGCCAACUUCACCCUCCAGCGCCUCAUCGGGGCCGCGCCCCCCAAGCUGCUAGGGAAGGUGCUGGCGGAGUUGGGCCCGGGGCUGGAGGAGGUGCUGGCCCAGGGGCACACGGGCGUGGCCACGGCACUGCUGGGAGCCUGCCGGCGGUGUGGGGCCGGCCAGCAGGAGGUGCUGCAGCUGCUCAUGGAGGCCUUCCACUGCUGGGAGCCCCCCACCCGGCGGGUGGCCUGCGCCCCCCUCUUUGCUUCCCUGCUGCCCUACGAGGUGUACUAUGCCCUGGGGGAGGGGCAGGAGGUACAGCCCCCCCUGGAAGAGCAGCCGGAUCCCCCACCUGCCCUGGCCUCGGUUUCCCUCCAUGGCUCCCUGCUGCUCCAGCACCUGCUGCACUUCGCCGACCCCUCCCCCGUGCUGCGCAGCCUGGCCGCCCUGCCCCCCAGUGACCUGGUGACCCUGGCCUGCAGCCCUGCUGGCAGCCAUGUCUAUGACGCCCUCCUGGCCAGCCCUUCCGUGCCCCGCAAGCCCAGGCGCAAGGUGCUGCGUGGGCUCCAGGGUCACUACGUGUCUCUGGCUUGCAACAAACACGGGAGUAGAGUCCUGGACGCCAUCUGGAGCCGGGCCACCCUGCCAGCCAAGAGACAGAUUGCUCAGGAACUGGCCGAGCAGGAGAAGCAACUGCGUAAUGACCCCUUUGGGCACCAUUUGGUGCGGAACUUCGCCCUGACCCAUUUCCUGAAUCGCCGGCGAGACUGGGACCGGCACCAAGAGGCGGAGACCAAACGCAAGGAGCUGUUCGCUGAGAUUCUGGAGGACUGAACGCUGGGGGGCGGCAAUGGGAUUGCUGAAGGAACCCUUCUGGCUCCAGGAGAGACUCGCCUUCCAACCAUAGAGAUCCUGGAGGACUGAAUACCAGAGUGGGUGCUGCCCACAUUUACUUCUACCCAUAGAGAUUGUGGAAGAUUGAAUACCAGAGUGGGUGCUGUGGCGUUUUUAUGCCUUUCUUGGCUCCUAACCAUAGAGACUGUGGGGGACUGAAUACCAGAAGGAGUGCUGUGUGGGGGUGUUAUGCUCUCAUCUGCUUCUGACCAGAGGGUCUGGAGGACUGAGGACCAGAGGGGAUGCUGUAGGCUUCUUUAUGUCCCUGUUGACUCCUAACCAUAGAGAUCCUGGAGAACUGAAUGCCAGAGUGGGUGCUGUGGAAUUUUUAUGUCCCUGUUGGUGCCUAACCAUAGAGAGAUUGGAGGACUGACUGGGGGGGGGUGUUUGUGUUGGGGUCCUUGCCCCUACCCACCAUUUGUUCUGAACCAUAGAGAUCCUGGAGGACUCACCCCCACUAGGGGCUGCUCUGGACUCCCUUUCUCCCUCUUGUCUGCUCCCAACUGCGCGGAGGGGGGUACAGCCCUGAUUUUCUAGAAAGGUUUCUCUUUCCCUA